GAGGCGAAGAGAGCGAUGAGGGCGGGACGGGCGGGAUUUAAGCCGCUCGUGACGUACCUGUACGAAACCAGAGGGCGGGCGUACCGGGACGGCGUUCGAGAGUUCAUACAGGCGUACAGAGAGGGAUUCAAGGAAGUUCAGGCUGAUUAUGAGAGCGGAAAACACGAAGAGACGCUCUCUGGUAAGGCGGCAUCAAUGCUUGCCCAAGCAGAGGACGUGUUGCAGAGAGCUGAGAAAACCGAAGUGCCGGUCGACGACUCAGAAGAGACUACGAAGAAAUAG